AUGGUAUGGCCACCCCCGGCAACAAGACAGGUCAACCCGAGCGGCACGGGCGACGUGAGUCGGAUGCUCGAGACACUUGAUUUGUCGGCCAGCAAUAGAAUGCCCUGGUACAUCAUCUCAAUAGCCAGUCUUGCGCUUAUCUACCUGAUUACCCGGCACUGGCUUAGCACCACCAGGGCUGGCAAUGCUGCCUUCAACGCAUCCUUCGUGGGUUUCUGGUAUGCCUGGCUCGCUCGCUUCCAGUUCUUUGUCUCCGCCGAAAAGAUUGUCGAGCAGGGAUACACGCAGUACAAGGACCGACCGUGGAAACUGACGGGCAACGAUGUUCUCGUUUUGCCGCACAAGUACUUGGAAGGGAUACGAAAGCUGCCUCCGAACGAGGCGAAUGCCAUGAAGGCCAAUCUAGACAACAUACAGAGCAAGUACACGCACCUGGAGGUACUCAACUCGACGCGGUUGUUCGUCAUCCGACGAGAAAGUGCGUACAGCACAAUCCUUAAGAAGUACACAAAUUCCACGGCACACUAA